AUGUUGUCUCUCCGCCUCCACCGUCUUUGCGCUCGCUCGCGCCUUCAAUCACUCGCACGAACCUACUCGUCCCAGUCUUUGCUACCUCCACUCCCCCCUCAAGAAGAAUGGCGCAAGACCUUCACUUACCAGACCGUCGCACGACGUGAUCGUGUCUUCGUCCGCACCCCACAAGCUGCCCGUUCAAUAGCCCAGUCAUUAUUUACACGCACCCCUGCCGCCACGGAUAAAGGCAAGGUCGUCAUAGAGGCCUUCCCAGGGCCCGGCGCGCUUUCCCGUGCUCUCUUGGAGCUACCCAGCUCUACCGUGCGCAAACUCAUCAUCCUCGAAGAUGAUCCCACAUACCUCAAGUAUCUCGAGCCUCUUGCAGAUGCGGACCCUCGUGUAACCGUCGUCCCCAUGUCCGGACACAAGUGGGACACAUAUUCGCAUCUGGACGAGCACGGUCUGCUGGAUGACGUUGAAGCCUGUCCAUGGGAUGCCACAAUCCCCGACUUGCACUUCGUCUCCCACCUCGCGCACAACGUCUACGGCGAACAGCUCGUCGCCCAGCUCUUCCGCUCGAUCCCAGAGCGCGCUUGGCUGUUCAAGUACGGCCGCGUCCCGAUGAGCAUCAUCAUGAGCGAGUGGGUCUGGUCGCGUCUGACCGCGGGGCCGGGCACGAGCAGGCGCUGCAAGCUCUCCGUCAUCGCCGAGGCGACGGCGGACAUCCAGGACGCGUUCGAUCCUGCGCUCGUGUCGCCCUACGAGGCGCACUUCUACCCUCCACCCGCGGUCUACAAGAAGGGCCUGAGCAGGAAGCCUGGGCAGCCCAUGUACGGCAUCACGGCCGUCCCAUACGUCGACCAGGUGAUCCAAAAGGGUAUGACCGACCAGUGGGACUACGUCCUCCGGCGGCUGUUCGUGCUCAAGAGCACGGUGCUCAAGGACGCUAUCAGUUCGCUUGCUCCCGGAGCGGUGACGCUACUCAAGGUGCUGGGGGACGCGAGCCUGCCUCGUGACCAGCGGGUGAACGUCUCGAAGCGCAUACGGGAGUUGAACGUCGCGGACUGGGCGCUGAUACAUCGUGCGUUCGAUGCGUGGCCGUUCAAGCCACAGGAUUUGUUGAUUGGGGAUGCCUUCAUGCCCGAGGAGUAG